GAUUGCUCCAACGUAUUCGUAAAUAAUUUUUAUCUAAAAAUACAAUGGCUCGAUAAGGGAAUGGUUCUUCUGCCCAACCGUUGGAAUUAGCUUUCAAAUUAAUUAGUGGACCCCUUCACUAGCUCCCGGAAAAACAAGUGGGACGGUACAAACAGAAAUGUUUUACCAUAUAAAGUUAGAACAUGAAAUAUUAUUACAUCCAAAAUAUUUUGGACCGAAUCUAACAGAAACAGUGAAAACCAAGUUGUUUUCGGACGUCGAAGGAACUUGCUCCGGGAAGUAUGGCUUUAUCAUCGCUGUUACGAAUAUAGAGCAUAUUGGUGCUGGUAUAAUACAACCAAAUAGAGGAUUUGUGCAGUACCGUAUAGUAUAUCGUGCCAUCGUCUACCGGCCGUUUAAGGGCGAGGUCGUAGAUGCUAUCGUUACUCAGGUUACUAAGGUUGGUGUGUUUGCGGAAGCUGGCCCUCUCACCAUUUUUAUUUCUAAAUAUUCUGUCCCUUCCAAUAUUAAAUUUGAAGGUGCUGAGACCACUACCGACGGUCUCAACGAUGAAGAAGAAGAAGAGACCCAAACAGUACAGAUUGAAGAUCGUAUUAGAAUCCGCAUAAUUGGUCUCAGAGUUGACGCCAGUGAUAUCUUCGCCGUUGGCACUCUAAUGGAUGAUUAUCUUGGUGAGUUAGGUUUAAUUAUGUAUGUAAGAAUAUCAUUCUGAUUAUUUUUAUAUUGUUUCAGUAGAAAAUGGAGAAACAAAUGUUUCAUAUGUGUAGCAUUAAUCUAAAAGCAACUCUCGGUCACUGAUUUGAUUGUUAGAGGUUUGAGUUACUGUUUCAAAUAUUUCUUUCGUUUACCUAUAUCUUACCAAGUAUUUGUCAAACAAAUAUAAACAAUAUCAAUUAUUUUAUACUGGAUUUCAAUUUGUUCUGCAAGUUCUUUAGUCUUACUAUGCAAAACCCCACAAAUAUGUCACAGUGUGACUUCUAAAGAGGUUAAAAUAAAUUUAAAGGCUACUCAAUACAUGGUACUUACGCUAUUCUUUGUUUUUCAGGUGAUAAUAUUUGAGUAUGCAUAGUUCACAUUUAUAAACAUCCUACCAAAUGUAGGUAGUGUUCCUAUAUCAUUAGACGGUUGAUUCUGUCAAAAGCUUCAAGUGAUAUGUUUUAUUUCGUCACAUUAUCAAAACUAUAUCAAUAAGUAGCCUUAAUUAUGCACAUUUCUGACUCGUUUGUCUGUAAACAUCCAUACAUAAAAGUCUCAUUUGUCAGCGAGGUCUUAGUUACUCGUUUGUCUGAGUAUUUGAAAUUUUUGUGUAGUGAAUGAUUCAGGGUUUGUUGAAUACAUUUAUUCCUCUACAUCGUUCUCCGUUUUGAUGUCUUGCAAGUUCUUCAGUGCAUAAUAAAAUCUUACUGCUUAUCUGGACGUUUUUUAUGUUGGGCUCAGGGACAUAGGAAAGUCCUUUGGAUAAGCCAAAUAUUCAUUUUUCUCACGAAAUUCAACUCACUUUAGUUACUUUACACGUGGUUAGUGUCAGCAGAUAACACAAAAGUUACUUUCCAGUCUGCAUUAUCCCGAAAUAUCUUUGUUCUGAUUAAGUACUUCUUACUCUACCGUGCAAUUAAGAUAUUCCUAAUAUGGGAAAUAUGACGUAAUGUUUAUAUUUCCACCAUCCUCUCAGUAAAUCUAUCGAAAAGUAUCUCUGAUCAGUUAGUAUAAUAUUUUAAGUAAGCUCACUUCAUUUCAUUUCAACUAACAUAUAGCAGAAUCACACUUCAAAACUACAGAGAAAUAAACAAAACAGUUUAUUUUAAAUAUAUUACUAUGACUAACAGGAUUCGAAUAUAUCAAUGAAAUGUAAUUGGAAUAGUAUUUUCCGAUUCAUGUGUUAAGAAUAAAUUUUUGUUAUGUUAAUAAAUUACCUUUAUUCAAAUUACAUGUAAAGGUUAAGUUAUGUCUCAUUGAUGGAUUAGAAGAAGUUCGUAUUCUAAUGGUUAGAUGAAACCUUUUGUACAGAAGUAAAUUUGAUUGUCUUGAUUUUAAUUAAUUGCUCGAGGUUCAUUUUAAAGAAACUCAUUUUUAUAUUACUAAUUAUUCCACCGGAUAUUACUUUUAGUUCUUUUUUUCAAUUGUUUAUUAGGACCAUGCACCUAGUUUCCAAACUGUUGAAUUUUAGUAAAUUUUUCGACUUAAACAUCAUGUUGUUCAGACUACCGUCUUCUAGUGAAAUCGUUUCGAGGAUAACUGCUUUUGUACAAAUAUGGCAAUCGAUUCUACUGUAUAUAUAUAUUUUUUGUAUAAAUACAAAUGUUUGUUAGUGAUUAUUAGUACUCCCUUAUUUCCGCAAUAUAUCGGGGAAACAUAUAUCAACAUAAAAUCUGCAUAAAAGUACAUAAAUCAGAAAUGCUGCUUUUCUUAGCAACAAGGGA